AACUAAAUUGUCAAAGGCUCUCAGACCUGCUCGGAAGGAAGAAAGAAGGGGUUCUCAUAUUAAUCCCCCCUCUACGAAUAAGUUACCGGGGCAUCCUGCGGUUCUACUCCGUUCAGAUUCAAAGUAGGCAGCUGUCAGAGUGGUCUGUUUCUGCAAAUUCAGCAACCAUAGCUCCUCCUUCUUCCCUCCAAACCUCUCUCUUGGAUGUUUGUUUCACUAGAAUUGCCAACGGAAGGGCAGUGAUCAAAUCUUUCCAUAGAUUUUGCAUCACAUAAGACAGGCGGAGCGCGAACAAACUAAUCGACACCAUCCCCAUCAGCAACCAGAGACUCUUCCUCGCAGGGAGGAUCUAUUGGGAGAACAGAAUUAGAGAGUCUCGACACACAGGGACCCUCAACUUUCUGCAACACUGCUCCCGAAACAAACGUUUGUCCGUUCUAUCCGGAACAAAUCCAUUUCCACCAUUCCCUAGACUUGCUCGAAACAGGCAGCUUGAUGUCUGCCGUCAAGUUUGAAUACCCAACCUAUAAACUAUUCGAGCCUCAAUAUCAUCCUCAGAGGCCAAUCAUCGUCGACGCCGACGCUCUCGAGUCUCCUGAGACGGUUAUCCUUAGGUACGAGGAAGAGGCAGCUGCUCGAGCGAACGGAGGAGACCUUCGUGGGGAUUCCCCGCCUGGUCUCCUGUCUAUGUCUGCUUAUUCAAAACCUCAACCGGCCCAGAUGCAUGCGUUUGACUCGCCGAGAUCAUAUCAAGAUCCUCAAUAUCAAUACUCGGCUCAGCAAUUUGCGGCUCAACAGUCUGAAAAUGCGGCUGCGCAACUUAAUCAGAUGGCCUUCGCGGCGAACGGUUCCGCGGCACAAUAUAAUAUGCCACCGAUCGUGGCCACAUUAACCUCGUAUCAACCGACGGCCGGAAUGUUUGGAACCAAGGUUUUAAUUAAAAUAUCGGCUCCGUACGAUUUGAUUGCAAUCACGAGUCAUUUCUACCUGGCGUUCGGUUCCCACAAGAGCCCAGCACACGCUAUUCAAAACACGAGUGAUGCGAAUGGGUUUGGUUAUGCUGUCAGCGGUGAUGCGCCGCAGUUUGAAGACACGAGGAGCCCCAGCCCCAACGUGCCUUUAUCAGUUUUGAUUGAGAGUGCAGCCGGCCAAACUUUGGCAACAGUUGACGUCGGCACGUUCACAUAUCAUGACACUCCGGCUGGAACUACGGAGGGCCCGCCUGACACGCGGGUCAAGGGGGGUUCCAGGUCACCUGAGCAGAGGGAGAGCCCUACAAAACAACAAGAACCAGACCAGCUGGCUACUGAUACUGCUACAAAUACAUAUGCCUACGCUCCUACCGCUCAACAAGCUGUCGCAUCUAAUUAUGACACCGGUUAUACCAAUAACGACAGUAUGCUCGGAACUUAUCAUCGCUCAUCCUACGGGAUGGAUUAUCCCCGUCCACCACCACCACCACCGCUCAAAACUCCGUCUUGGAGUCCCUACGGACAUUCCCUCUCUACUGCUAGAAGUCCAGCGACUACCGUAAGCCAUACGACGAUUAGUCGACCUAGUAGUAUCACCACUUUACCAAUACCAACAUCCAGUGCGCCGCAGUUGAUCCGGACGAGUACUCUGCAGGGAUCUGGGCCAUCUGGAGGCGCACAGCUUAACCCUUACGCGCUUUACUCGACUAAAGCAGUGCUAAAGAUAAAUGGAGAUCUUGAGUCGAUGGCGUCGGGAUGGUCACAGGAAGAAUGGGAGAACCGGAGGCGAAUCGUUAUGUUUAGCAAGAAGCAGCAAGGCUCAACCCUGUCAACAUCAUUCAAGCCGGUAACCGUUAACGAAAGGCCGCCGAAUAGCAUCUGCAUUAGCUGUAUCUAUUGGGCCGAGAAGGAUGAAUGCUACGUAACGAGUGUCGACACCAUUUCUCUACUAGAGCAGCUCGUUGCCGCGCCGGGAAGAUUCACGGUGGAAGAGAAGAAUCGCAUCCGUCGGAAUCUCGAAGGAUUUCGUCCUUUGACUGUUAGCAAGGCCAAGGCGGACAGUGAGGAGUUUUUCAAGGUCAUAAUGGGGUUCCCAGCUCCGAAGCCGCGUAACAUCGAGAAGGAUGUAAAGGUAUUUCCUUGGAAGAUUCUGGGCUCUGCACUCAAGAAGAUCAUCUCCAAAUAUGUGAGUUCAGGCUAUUAAACCCUUUUUACCUUCGUGAUACCCGAUUUGCCCCCUUUUGACGCUUUUAAUUCGUCUCCGAGUUAAAAUUUCUAUCUGUCUUCUUACCGCUCCCCUGAAGUCUCUGGACCCUCGCAACAAAUCGGA